UUGAUAAUCUCCAAGCUAGUGAUAUAUAGCUUGAUGGGUCAUCGAAAAUUUAGAUUUCUAUCAAGUUCAAUUGUUUUGUAACUUUGCAUAAAUGGGCUUUACAAGGCUUCAACUCAAAUAUAUAUAAGAUAAAGACUUGAAAAGCAAUAUCUAUCAAGUUCUGCAGAGUUUUGAUUCAUAGACUCCAGUUGUUUCAGAGUCAGUGUAAUGAGAAUGCCGGGCGGAACCAACACUGGGUAAUGGCCCUCUGUUUGUUCAUUGUUCUUGCCUUGGAUGCAGAAAAGCAAAAUCUAAUUACAAUAGUAAACAGUAGAACUCUCCCAUCUGAGGUUCGAGGUUUUAUCAACUCCCCAGUUUCAAGUUUUGUGAAAUUUUUGCUAUAGAGGUCGUAGUAAUACAAGUCAUCUUCGAAUGAUUCAAACUAGAGCAUCCGAUUCUGUAUGUCUGUGAGUGCAAACUCUCCUUUCCCAUGCAAUCUAUUAUCAAACACGGCCAUAAGAUCUAAUCAGUAUUCCUUCACCCACAUGUGACUGCAAUAGUCCUUAAUAAGCCUGUCAAUUCCGCCAAAGACAGCAUCCAUUUCUUCAAAACGGCUUAGAGAAAGCAGCUCAGUGAAUGAGUGAAAGUAGACCAAUCAAAGCUUCAGCCCUCCUAAACAGGCCCCAUGAUCUUAUUUGGCUGCUGUAGGAGGUAAGGUCAGCUGUGGAAGUUGAAAUGUCGGCCGUUCUGAAGGCAAUUCUUUCUGCUGCAGCCAACGGAUGAAAGAUAAUCUUUGCGGAGUCUGAUUCGUUGGUUUCAAUCUCUAUUUUUUUCUUUUUCUAAUUGGGAACGCCUUGUUCUGCCCUUGCUCCUGUUCAAGUAUUUUGUACAAGCUGAGUUGUUUUUUGUAACAGAGUUUUACCCAUUUGAUGGCUGAAAAGGCCAAGUCUUUGACCAUGGAUGGAGCCAUGGAGGUAGUUUGGCGUUGACGACUGCAACAGUGUUUUCUUGCAAUGGAUAUUUUAUUUUGAUCAGCGAAGCUAUGCGGCAUUGAAAAAGUCAGCCAGAUAUAACAAACCACUGGCCCCGCCUCCAACCCUUAACCGUUAACAUCUACAGAUCUACCACCAGUGUGAGACCAUUAAAGCCAGGUUCAGCCUCAAGGCCAUGCCGCUCCCCUGGUUCGUCUCACUCUGUCGCAUACCUUCUUUCUUUGGUAGGUAUGUGGUAUACCAAUUCAACUCUGCUGCAUUACGGUAACCAUGAUAGCGAAAGUAGUGUGUCGGAUUUGGACAAAGAGAGCAAGGCUGAAGAGACAAGGAAAAGGAAGGAGGUGAAGCGAUGAAAGCGACAAUGGUGGGUUCCCGGAAAGGAGCAAAUAUCAGGAUUAUCACAGGCACCAUUCUUGGAGGCAUCCUUGGUUUCUUCGUUAUGCAUCGCGUCGAAACUAGCUACAAGGUUGUGUUUGAAGAUGUUUUCAUUGCACGUGAUUCUGGUACAUUAGAGCAGCUGAAGGAGCUAAGUUCCAGGCGUAGAGCAGUUGAGGAGUCCAUUAAUGAGAAUAACUUUAUUACAAGGGCUAUUGCAAGAGAAAUGGCCGGAGGGUUGACUUCUCACAAUGAGCAGGAUCUGCAAAAGCUAGAAAGAUAUUUGCCACUAUUGGAAAAUUUUGUGGCUCAUGUGGAAUCAGUUAGCAACAAUCAGCAGAUGGUUCGGUGGACUUCAGACCUUAUGAUAAGAUGGAGUAGUGCUCUUUGUGCUUCUCCUGUCUUCAGUUUUAUGGGUCCAAAAUUUUUUCGCAUUGAUAACCUGCACUUUGAGCUUAGCAUGACUCUUUUCCUUUAUGGUGCACUUCUUCGGGAAAGGGCUUCAGAAGUUCUAAAAGAAGAUCUAGUACAAUCUGCCACUCUUUACAGAAAAGCAGCAGGGGUUUAUGACCAUUUGGCUAAUGAGAUACUUCCAUCUCUGCAGCCUGACUUGGCUAAGGAUAGGAUACCAGAAGCUACACCAUCUAUGUCCACUAUUAUGAGUCUGAUUUGCUUGGCUGAGGCUCAGGCUGUAACUAUAAGAAAGGCAGAAGAAAAGGGAACUACUAAAAGUCUUUUAGCAAAGUUGCACUGUGGCAUUACACAGUCACUUGAUGAGGCCACUGACAUUCUAUAUUCUACCAUGGGGGACUGCAAUGAUAUUUCAAUGAGGUUUCUGGACUACAUACCAGCUUGCAGAGCCCUACAUGAGUUGAAAAGCCAGAAGCACCUCGCAGAAGACUUAAGUGUAGAUCAAGUUGGGGUUGCAAUUGGAGUUCUUCACCAUGCUUUGGCGAUCUCUCAGGAAAAAAUGCCAGGGGAAGAGGCAUGGUGUUUGGUUUUCAGAGAGGAGAUGGAUGCAAUGAGUGAGAUGCUUAGGAAACUUGAGCAUGAGAAUGAAAUAGUAUGGCAUCAGAAAGUCUGCAGUGAUGGCAAGUUGCCAUCCCUUCAAGGAAUGAAAAUAGUGAAAGCAAUACCUUAUUGUAGUCAGAGUUGGGAGAGAGAACUUGUUUUCAAGAUUCCAGAGAAUGAAUGACCACAAGGUGGUAUCUCUUUCACUUAAUUUAGAGAAAGCAAAGCAUAUCAAUAUUUUUACGCUUCUUCAAAUAUUUCCACUCUUGAAUAAGCACUUGUUUUAAAACA